AUGGACCUCGACACGCCGCCGCCCUCCGCCGUGCCCAAUGGCGCUGCCGCCGCCGCAGAGGACGACGCCGACCCCAUCAUCGCGUCGUACAACGUCUUCACAAACCCGGCGCCCGCGUCGACCCGCAAGAUCCUGAUCCUGCAGCACCCCAACAAGCAGGGCGACAUGCGGGGCGACAACCCGCCGCUGUCCGAGGUGCGCGUCAAGCCCUCAUCGGGCAUGCUCGAGGUCGACGUCCCGCUUAGUUAUCACGACGGCUCCUACGACCGCGACAAGGGCAUGCGCUGGGGCCAGGCCCUGCAGCGCAGCAUGAACCAGAAGAACGGCGGUAGCCACGGCCUCGCCGGCGGCUUCGGCGUCGGCGUCCCCGCCCCCCGUGCCGGCCGCCGCAAGGAGGAAGACCGCGAGACCUACGACUGGACCGAGGCUGUGCGCCGCGACCAGGUCUUGCGCACCCAGACCCUCGGCGGCCAGUACGCCGGCCGCAACGCCGAGGAUGAGGAGUGCAAGUGGAUGGUGGGUGUCUUCAAGGGAGGAAACCUCCACCUCACCCCAGCCCAGUCUGAGAUCCAACUACGGCCACAGCUGCACCACCUCGAUGCGGUGGCCGAACAGGACCGCCUCACGCGGCCACGCGAGGGCCAGGGCCCGGGUCUAGGCGGGGCCGGCCCCGGCAAGGACGGACCCGGCGCGGGCGCGCAGCCGGCGCCCAAGGCCAUCACCAUGACGAUCAAGACGACGGCGUCGGGCGACCAGCUGGUGACCGAGACCAUGGCGGACCGGCUGCGGAUGGUGCAGAUGGAGAACUGGCAGAAGCUGCGGUUCGUCGACGAGGACGCCGACGACGCCUGGGAGCUGUACAACAAGACGCUGCUGUACCGGUCGCCCGCCGCGCUGGCCGAGGCCGGCGCCCAGGACCCCAAGGGCAAGGGCAAGGAGGCCGCCGUCAAGCUCGACGAGGACGAGAAGGAGGACCUCGAGCACCGGGCCACGCGCCUGCGCACCCGCUGGGGCGAGGAGGACCUGCUGCAUGCCAUCGCCGGCAAGGACCGCCAGGGCGUGCUGGAGGGGUACGGAAACACGUCCAUGCCGGGGAUCAAGCCCGAGGACGUCGUCGAGGACGGCGCGGUCAAGAAGGAGGGCGCCGACGGCUCGGCUGCGGGCGCCAGGAAGCCGUCUGCUGCUGCCGCGGCCAAGGGGAAGGCAAAGGCCACUGCCACCGCUGCCACCGCCGGUCCCUCCACUGCAGCGAGACGAGCACCAGCCAAGGGCAAGGCGCCUGCGUAG